GAUAGUGUUAAAAGAAAAAUAUGAACUGAGGCAAAAAGAGGAGUGGUCCCCGGAAGAUUGUGAAAUGUGUCAUCUAAACCAGCCAGACGUAGUCACGUGUUCUCUCUAGCUUUAUGAACUUCCUUAGCCAGCACCAUCAUUGUGAUUGUAGUAUAUAUGUAACCCUACCUUCAUCUCUCCCAUUUUCCAUUCUCCAUAUAGACUCCUUUACAAUAUACAAAACCUAUCCAAAAGCGAAGAAGCCAAGCAAACAUAUUAUAAAAAUGAAGAAGGCGUCAGAUUUCGUGAAGCAGAUAAUAAACAUGUUGACUUGUCUAGCAAAGGACAAGACGAAGGAGCUUAAGAGGAAGACAAGAGCCUUCAAGACACGUCUCGUAAUAUUUUCGCUGCUCCACAACAGACACAUGGUGGUGGGUUCUUUGUCUCACAAGCUCAAGAGCAAUCAAACAUCAAAAAAGAUAGAUCAUGAUAACAAGGAUGUUCAAGAUUAUCAUGAUAAAAACAUGGUGGUUGUGUAUAGCCAAAACGUUAACGCCAUGUCUAGCACUCCUGUCUCUCCGCAUGUACAAUAUCAAUAUACAGAGGAGGAAGAUGAUGAAGAAGGGGAAGAAGAAAAGUAUCCAGACUUGAGACACUCGUUGUUUGAGGCAGAAGGUUCGGUGAUAGAGAUGGUGAAGCACUCCAAGGAGGACAAUGGAGAAGAGUUUCGGUUGGAAGACGAGAUCGACAAAGUGGCUGAUCUUUUUAUUACCCGCUUCCAUAGACAGAUGUGGUUACAGAAGCAACUGUCUCUCGAGAGUCCAGAUACACCCUCCCCAAUUCAUUCUUAAUAUACAUGUAUUUGACGCUCCUCCUUGUUUUUUGUUUCGGGGUGAAGGACUCAAUGAUCCAUACAGAUUUUUGUUUUACGUAGUGAAAAAUAUGAAAACAGGACAUAUUUAUUAAUUUCUUCUAUCAAUCUGUACCUAACAACGUCCGUUCUUCCUUCAAGCUCCUUGACGAAAUAAAAUACAGUUUUUUUUCUUCAUGUUAUUGUUGUUUGUGUGAUUAAUUGAGCACUUGGCG